CGCAUAUCCAAAAUCUGUUCCUUCAUUUCUACCAUAACCUUACACAAAACGACUAAGACUUUGAUUUGGAUUUGUUUAAUCUUAUGAUCUUCAGGUGUGUGAACUCGAUUUGAUUUUUAACUUCCACAAGGCGUAUUAUAUAUUGGAUGAGCUGUUGAUCGCCGGUGAGCUUCAAGAGUCGAGCAAGAAAAUAGUGGCGAGGAUCAUAUCAGCUCAGGAUCAAUUGGUGGAGGCUGCGAAAGAGGAGGCUAGUUCCAUUAGUAAUAUAAUUGCUCAGGCGACCAAGUAGUUUCACUCUUCUCCUGCUCUUACGCAAUGUUUAAACAUGGUUAAUGGUUUUAAUAUUUCCUGAUAAAUUCUCUUCUAAAUCUCACACUUUUUGGUUUUUUUUUUUUUCAUGUCAUGUGUAUUAUUUGUCUGGUUUAUAAGUAAUAUGAUCGUUGUUGGUUUUAUAUAAGUCGUGAUUGUUUAUACUGAUCCGAUUUCUUAAACCCGAGUUGAGAAAUCCAAUGCUCCCCGGUUCGUUUAUCCCAAUUGUACCAA